AUGAGUGAAAUAUACGUCCAUCCACAAAAAGGUGUGGAUGAGGAUUCUACAAAAGGUACAAAAGAGUCACCAUACAAAACUGCUGGUUACGCUUUGUUCAAAAACCCAGAUGCUAAGUUAUUUACCUUCAAGGAAGCAGAUGGAAAGGAAGAUUACUUUGAGAUAUCAUCAUCUGCAUUGAAGAAGGCCAAGAAGAUUAGUCAGUCAUUGAAAAGAAAGCAGGAAAAGAAGAAGAAGCUUGAAGAACAGGAGGCCAAACGUGCGGCCGAAGAAAGUGCCAAAUUACAAGCUGCAAAGAAGAUCGUUAUCAAGGAAGAUAAAACACUUCCCCAGGCAAAGAAGAUCAAGAUCAAGGAUAUUGCUAACUACAUCGGAAAACGUGUUGAAGUGCAUGGAUGGGUGCACAGAUUGAGAAUUCAGAAGGGUCAUGCUUUCAUUAUUUUGAGAGACGGUAGCGGAUUUUUGCAGUGUGUUCUCACGGGAGAUCUAGCCAAUGCAUACCAGACGUUGACUUUAACUGUUGAGUCAUCGCUUGCUGUCUUCGGUACGAUCAACAAGCUUCCAGAGGGAAAAUCUGCCCCAGGUGGUGUUGAGGCUUCUGUUGAUUACUACAGAAUCAUCGGCCUUGCACCUUCCGGAAAGGACUCGUUCACCAACAAGAUCCAGGAGGGUACCGAUCCAAAUCUUUUGCUCGACAGAAGACACUUGGCGUUGAGAGGUGAGACACUUUCUGCAGUGAUGAAGGUUCGUGCCAAGGCUCUUGCUGCGGUUAGAAGAUUCUACCAGGAGGAAGACCUCACAGAAGUUACUCCACCUUGCAUGGUUCAGACACAGGUUGAAGGCGGUUCGACAUUGUUCAGUAUGAACUACUAUGGUGAGAAGGCUUACCUGACCCAGUCCUCUCAGCUUUACUUGGAAACCUGUCUUCCUGCUCUUGGUGAUGUUUUCUGUAUUCAGGAAUCUUUCAGGGCCGAGAAAUCUCACACUAGAAGACAUCUCUCUGAGUACACGCAUAUUGAGGCAGAGCUUCCAUUCAUUACUUUCGAGGACUUGCUCGAUCACAUCGAAAAGUUCGUCGUACACAUUGUCAAAUACAUAAUGGAAGAUCCGGUUUCUGGUGCUCUCGUGAAGAAGUUGAAUCCAGGCUUUGUGAUGCCAAAGGAGCCAUUCAAGAGACUGCAGUAUGUUGAGGCUUUGGACUGGUUGAACGAGAAUGGCGUUUUGAACGAGGAUGGAACACCAUUCAAGUUUGGAGACGAUAUCCAGGAGGCUGCCGAGAGGAAGAUGACCGAUACUAUUGGUGUUCCAAUUCUCUUGAUCAGAUUCCCAGUGGAGAUUAAGUCAUUCUACAUGAAGAAGUGUGCCGACGAUCCACGUGUUACUGAAUCGGUCGAUCUUUUGAUGCCUACCGUUGGUGAAAUCAUGGGUGGUUCCAUGAGAAUUGAUGGUAAGGAUGAGCUUCUUAAAGGAUUUAAGAGAGAGGGUAUCGAUCCAACCAACUACUAUUGGUUCACUGAUCAGAGGGUUUAUGGUACAUGUCCUCAUGGAGGAUACGGUUUGGGAUCCGAGAGGUUGCUAGCAUGGCUCUGCAACAGGUUCACUGUUAAGGAUUGCUCGUUGUAUCCACGUUUCAUGGGUAGAUGCACUCCAUAG